UUGGCCUCCUGUUUCUUUUUUCUCUCCCAGUGCCUGCAAGGCCUGGCUUUCCUUCAUGCCAACCAGGUGAUCCACAGAGACAUCAAAAGUGACAACAUCCUUCUGGGCCGGGAUGGCUCCGUCAAGCUGGCCGAUUUUGGCCUCUGUGCUCCGUUCAGCCCUGAGCAGAGUAAACGGAGGUCGAUGGUCGGGACCACUUGCUGGAUGGCACCCGAGGUGGUGAGAAGAGAGCCAUACGGCCCCAAAGUGGACAUCUGGUCCCUUGGCAUCGUGGGAAUAGAAAUGGCCAAAGGAGAGGCUCCUUAUAUUCAGGAAACCAGACAGAGGGUAAGGUGCAAAUACGCUCAGAGAGCGGUGUCCUUCUCCUCUGUGUCCAUUAGACAAAAUCCCAUGCCCACAGCUUAA